AUGCCGAGAUCACAAGAUGAUCUCAAGUGGUUCGGCGAAGGCUUCGAUGGCUUUCCAAAGAUCCUUCCAGAUGAUUGUGUCGAAUACUCCAUCUAUUUAAUAAAUAACAAUCCCAACGGCAGUGACGCUCGUGACAAUUUGCGCGAGAUUCAGAAUGCGGCGAAGAAGUUAAUCAAGACUCAUUUGCAAGACUUCAUUUGGCAGCGCGAAGGUUUCGAGCUCAAAAUAAAGCGCGACGGGCAAAGGAGCUAUCUGUGGGGGCGAACCAACUUCGGUGACUCUGCUGAUGAUGAAUGGACCAUCGUGUAUUUACUGCGGGAACUGAGCGCUCAGUUCCCAGAAGUGUGGAUCAGAGUCUUCGAUACAGAUGGAGAGUUCCUUCUCAUCGAGGCAGCCAACGCGCUACCAACUUGGUUAAAUCCCGAAGUGGCCGACUUCAGAGUAUGGAUUCAUGCGGGAAAGUUGCUGGUCAUACCACUUGAACUACCAGGCAAAGCGGUCCGAGGUCUGAGCGGGACUUCAGAUAGGAUGACACUUGACAGAGCGCUCGAAUGGAUAGGCAACCCAAACCGCAAGCUGCAGCACUCAGCAAAGAUAGAAGUUGAAGCGUUUAUGCGGCUUCAAAAAUAUCCCCACCAAAUACGUGAAAGCCUGCAUUGUGCCCUCGUCAAGAUUCCUAGAAAGCUUGCCUAUAUCCUUCACAAUUUCCCCGGCUGCGUCAGUGCGGCAAUUGAGGCUUUCUACCUUCGUGACCCCAUUGCGCUCCAUCAUUUGGAAAAAGAGGGUAUAGAAGGGUUACCCUUCUCUCCACCUGACCUGGUAGAAGCUUCAGUCAAAUUCACAAAGGUCGGCUAUGCACAGCUCAGGAGUCAACAGUUUACCUUGCCUAGCGUAUGGGAGUCUUUGGCAAGGCACGCAGUAGAUCUGAAAGUAAGAGCGCAGUUGGAAAUUGGGGGAAGAUUAUCAUGCGGGUUUGCCAUGUUGUUAUCUGACCCUCACAAUAGGGACAAAAAAGAAGUGCGCGAAAUCAAACUUCUGAUUGAAGAUCUUGAGUCAGGGGAAGAGCAACUACCUUCAGACAGCGAUGUGAAAAGCUGGGGUCUGUCGGAAGAUAGCGACAGUUGGCUUGACAUCGAUUUUGGUGAGUUUGAAAGAGAGCUCGAUGGAAAAGCACAGUCAAACUCGGUACCCGCAUUCGGUGAUAAGGGCGUCCAAAACAAUCUACGCAGGACGGUAGAGCGAUUUCAAAACUUUCUCAAGAGCGAAGGCGAGAAUUCCGAUGGUGGUCUAAUAGAUGACAUGGAUCACGACGACGAUGAGACUAGCUCUGAAGCCAGCGCUUCGAGUGAUGAUGUUGAAGCAGCUGCGAGCGACACGACUAAGAAUCCCGAUGAAGAUGAUUUUACAGCCAUGAUGAGGGAGAUGAUGGGCAUGCCGGAAGAGGUCAUGAAUGAGCUCAUGAGCAAUUUUGACCUGACAUCCUCAAUCAAGCAUCUUCAGCCAGAAGCAGCCCUCAAACGAACCCAAAAACCUAAAGUUCCUACUGAACUGGAUGAAGGGGAAAGGAUCCGUGAAGUCAUGGAUCAAACUGGACAGGAGCUGCUCGAAGCUGGUGCCUUAGACCUCUAG